AUGCCUACUAAGCGAUUCUUGGGCCUCAAUGGCACCAAGCUUCAGAUUGCUAUCGGUAUCAUUGCCGGCAUGGACUUCUUGCUAUUCGGUUACGACCAAGGUGUGACCGGCGGUCUACUUACAUUGGAAUCCUUCACCAAGUACUUUCCAAGUAUCGACACGACUAACACCGCUGGCUGGACCGCGGCGGAGAAAAGUGCACAAUCUACCCGUCAGGGUAUCACUGUCGCUGCGUACAACUUGGGAUGUUUCGCUGGCUCUAUUCCCACUAUCUGGAUCGGCAACAUACUAGGUCGCCGAAAGGCCAUCUUCAUCGGUUCACUCAUUAUGGUCAUCGGUGCCAUUCUGCAAUGUACUUCGUAUGGCCUGGCCCAACUGGUCGUUGGCCGUUUGAUCACUGGAUUCGGGAACGGUAUCAAUACUUCCACUGUGCCUACCUGGCAGUCUGAGUGCUGUAAAUCUCACCGUAGAGGACAAAUGGUGAUGAUUGAGGGCGCGAUGAUUACUUGUGGUAUCACCAUCAGUUACUGGAUUGAUUUUGGUUUGAUGUUCGCUGAUCCAUCCGAGGUGGCUUGGCGUUUCCCUCUGGCCUUCCAGAUCUUCUUUGCCCUUAUAAUCCUCGGUUUUGUCAUGUUUUUGCCCGAGUCUCCUCGUUGGCUCAUUCUGAAGGGUCGUGAAGAGGAAGCCCGUGAAGUUCUAGCAUGUCUCAUGGGUGAUGAGACAGAUGAACACUAUAUCGAUACUGAAUUCGUCGCUAUCAAGGCUACGGUCCUCGAAAUGGCAAAGGGCUCAUUCCGUGACAUGUUCACAAUGGGCCCAGAUCGCCACUUCCACCGAACCUGCCUGGCGUAUAUAAAUCAGAUGUUCCAGCAGAUCUCAGGUAUUAAUUUGAUUACUUAUUACAUACCUACACUGCUUCAGAAUCAGAUUGGUUUAUCUGCAACGAUGUCCCGGCUCAUCUCCGCUUGCAACGGCACGGAGUACUUCCUCGCUUCUUGGGUCGCCGUAUUCACUGUUGAGAGGUUCGGCCGUCGCUCCCUUAUGAUUUUCGGCGCUGUGGGAAUGAGUUUGUCGAUGGUCAUUCUUGCCAUCACUGAUAAAAUCUCGUCCAGCAAUGAUGGCCCCGUGGGAACCCAAGCCGGAAUUGCCCAAACGGUUUUCCUCUUUGUUUUCAACACGUUCUUUGCUGUUGGAUGGCUUGGUAUGACCUGGCUUUAUCCAGCAGAGAUUGUUCCUCUGAAGAUUCGCGCUCCUGCAAACGCAUUGGCAACGUCUUCCAACUGGAUUUGGAACUUCAUGGUGGUCAUGAUUACUCCCGUCGCCUUCAACAACAUUGGAUACCAAACUUAUAUUAUAUUCGCCGUGAUUAACGCCUUCAUCGUGCCUUUUACCUACUUCUUUUUCCCCGAGACGACCUCGCGCUCAUUGGAGGAGAUGGACCGAAUCUUCCAAAAGAGCAACGGCUGGUUCGAUGUUGUCAAGAUUGCCCGUACAGAGCCACACAUGUACGGCCGUAAGGGUGAACUACUUCGCUCGCUGGAGGACGUUGAGGAUGAAGCUAUUCGCCGCGCCAGUAAGAAGACUGCUCCUGAUCAUGAGCACAGCGAGCACAUUGAGAAAAGCUUUGAUUGA